GUGAUAAAUGCAGAGGCGUGUCUUUGGGUAGUUUGCAGCCAAAAUGGAGCGUUGAAAAAAGGGCAAACACAAAUAUGAGUUGGAUCGAUUCCCAAUUGAGUUUGAGCUUGGCCUCGAUCGCUAACUACAGCGGCCAGGUUCUCUCUCCCUCUCAUCGGUCGGCGGAAGAAGAAAUCGAUCAGAUCAGAUGGGAGGGCGGCGCACGACGGUGGAGUGGGCGGCGCGAGCGAGCCACAUGGGAGGAGUACCGCGGAAGAUUGUGUUCAUGGCGGUGGGAGGCUUAGCAAAAGCGGUCGCGACUCUCCUCAACUCCACCACCGUUCACAAUGCCGACACCCUCCUCCGCCUCGUACGAUCCCGGCCUCCCGGCAUCCCUCUCCUCACCGUCAGCAACCACAUGUCCACGUUGGAUGACCCUGUAAUCUGGGGAUUUAAGGGUUUCCCCACAAUAGAUGCAAAAUUGGCACGAUGGGUAUUAGCUGCCGAAGACAUUUGCUUCAAAAAUAGGCUGCUGUCGUAUUUUUUCCGACUUGGGAAAUGUAUACCAAUAACAAGGGGUGGUGGGAUAUAUCAAGAACACAUGAAUGAAGCUCUGGAUCGCUUGAGUGAUGGAGCGUGGUUGCAUACAUUUCCAGAGGGAAAAGUGUCGCAAGAAGGUGGACCAGUUAGAAGAUUGAAGUGGGGGACUGCCAGUCUGAUUGCUCGGGCUCCUGUGACCCCUAUAGUUUUGCCCAUUGUUCAUCAAGGCUUACAAGAGGUGAUGCCCGAGAACUAUUUAUUUGGACGGAGGCCUCCUUUUCCAUUAUUUAACAAGAAAAUAAAGAUAAUUAUUGGCGACCCAGUUGAAUUUGACCUUCCUAAAUUGAGAGAGAUGGCAAUCUACAAGUCGAAGGAUUCAUCGUCUUCAACUUCAGGGUGGCCCAGCGCCUCCUGUCACGGGCUCAAUGAGGCUGCACAAAAAUGUCUCUUCAGCAGUAUAUCAACUAGAAUCUGGACAGCCAUGGAAAAUUUACGAAUGGACGGUAAAACACCUGCAGAAUCAAAGAGUUGAAAUUUGUAUCUUUUUCUAGGAGAUCCGUCAGUUUUAUUUUCAAAUUUUAUUUAUUUUUUCGGUUUUUAUUGUUCCCUUGGGGACAAAUUGUUUUUGACCUUGAGAAAUUUUUUACUGUCUGAAUUAUUUAUUGAAAUUGCUCAUACUAGAUUUUGGACAUCAAAUAUCAUUUGCUUAUACUUCACAUUU